CGGACAUGUUGGAUGUGUAAAGAGAAGAGAGCGUGGUUAAGCUGAGAGGAAAGUUGCGGCUGCACUGUUCUCGUGCUGUUUCUGUCUUCGUGUUCGUACUGAGAGAAAAUGUCAGGAGAAGAGGAGCAGCAGGAGCAGACGGUCGCUGACGACCUGGUCGUUACUAAAUACAAAAUGGGAGCUGACAUAGCUAACCAGGCUUUACGAAUGCUCAUAGACACAGCCAAGCCUGGAGUCUCUGCGCUCAGCUUGUGUGAAAAAGGAGACGCCUUCAUCUCAGCCGAGACGAACAAGGUGUUCAAAAAGGAGAAGGAGAUCAAGAAAGGUAUUGCUUUUCCCACCUGUGUGUCUGUCAACAACUGUGUGUGCCACUUCUCACCCCUGAAGAGUGACCCAGACUACAUACUGCAGGAUGGCGACUUGGUUAAAAUUGAUCUUGGAGUGCACGUGGAUGGCUUCAUCUCCAAUAUAGCACACAGCCUUGUUCUUGGUGCCACCAAGGAUGCUCCAGUGACAGGACGAAAGGCGGAUGUGAUGAAAGCCGCUCAUCUUUGUGCUGAAGCAGCGCUGCGUCUUGUUAAGCCUGGAAACCAGAAUACACAGGUCACUGAAGCCUGGAAUAAGAUUGCAGAGUCCUUCAAAUGCACACCUAUUGAAGGCAUGCUGUCCUACCAGCUGAAGCAGCACAUCACUGAUGGAGAGAAGACCAUCAUUCAGAACCCCACAGACCAGCAGAGGAAGGAUCAUGAGAAGGCAGAGUUUGAGGUACAUGAGGUGUAUGCUGUGGAUAUUCUGGUCAGCACAGGAGAGGGCAAGCCUAAAGAUUCAGGACAGAGGACCACCGUGUAUAAGCGCGACCCAAGCAAGCAGUAUGGGUUAAAAAUGAAGACGUCAAGGAUGUUUUUCAGUGAAGUGGAGAGACGCUUUGAUGCCAUGCCCUUCACUCUCAGGGCAUUUGAGGAUGAGAGCAAAGCCCGGCUGGGGGUGGUGGAGUGUACCAAGCAUGAGCUGCUGCUGCCAUACACCAUCCUGCACGAGAAAGAGGGUGAGUAUGUUGCUCAGUUUAAAUUUACUGUGCUGCUCAUGCCCAACGGACCCCUUAGAAUCACCAGCAGCUACUAUGAUCCGGAGCUCUACAAAUCUGAGCAUGAAGUGCAGGACCCUGAGCUGAAGGCCUUGUUGCAAAGCUCAAUCAGUCGGAAGGCCCAAAAGAAGAAGAAAAAGAAGGCCAUUAAAACGGUAGAGAACGCCACCGGACAGCCCACGAAGGUGCCGAAUGAGACUGACAAGUAGAGAAUGAUCUCUCUGCUUUCGACUGCCAACAUUGCUGACCAACCAAGAACAGAACCGACAUUGCCAGUCUCAAUACGCCCCAAGCCAUCUGGUCUUGCCUUCUACCUGUCUAACUACCUCCAUGUUAGCUCUGUGCCAAUGCUGUGGGCUCCACACAUCUGUUUUGUGCUUCCAAACAUCUGUAUGUAGUCUCAGUGAAUUGAACCCAGGCUUCUCUAAAGGUGGUUACAGAUCAGGAGGUGCUACAUGCAAACAGACCACCUGUAUUUACAGAGGACACUUCCUACAGGGGACUGUGUUGAGUGGGUUUACUCCUUUUCCAAGAAUAUUUUCUUAUCAAACUGUUGUUGUAAAAGAGAUCUCAGUAAAUAAAUACAAAAUGGCAGAACUGUUGAA